GGAGUAGUUCCAAGAAACAAAACGAAGAUAAACAAACCUUCUGGAAACGUCUCUUGGAAAUAUAAAACCCAUCAUUUCGUCUCUAGGGUUUUGUUAUCCUCUCCGUUUUCAGUCACUACUAGGAAUAUCACAGCAACCACCUAAUCUCUCCCCAAGGUUUAGGAAAUGGCAGCUGCUCAGUUGACAUCGACCUGCUUUCUUCCGUCGUUUGAAGGUCUGAAGUCUUCAACAUCCAAAGUUUCAUCGAUUGUGGUGUCUUCUCCGUUUAGAAGCUCGACACUCAGGUCAACCCGUAGUCUGGUCGUCAAAUCUGCUACUACCGUUGCUCCCAAGUACACUUCAUUGAAGCCAUUGGGUGACAGAGUGUUGGUAAAAAUCAAGGCUGCUGAGCAGAAAAGUGCAGGUGGUAUAUUACUCCCAUCAACUGCACAAACAAAACCUCAAGGUGGUGAAGUUGUUGCAGUUGGAGAAGGCAGGACAAUUGGCCAAAACAAGGUGGAAAUUGGUGUCAAGACUGGUACCCCAGUUGUAUACUCCAAGUAUGCAGGGACUGAAGUUGAGUUUAAUGGAUCAAAUCAUCUCAUACUGAAGGAAGAUGACAUUGUUGGUAUUCUUGAAACAGAAGAUGUUAAGGAUUUGAAACCUCUUAAUGACAGAGUUCUUAUCAAGGUUGAGGAAGCUGAGGAAACGACAGCUGGUGGCUUAUUGCUUACACAAGCAAGCAAAGAAAAACCCUCUAUUGGCACUGUGAUUGCAGUAGGACCUGGUCCUUUAGAUGAAGAAGGAAAAAGAAAAGAGCUUCCAUUGUCUCCAGGAAACACUGUUCUUUACUCAAAAUAUGCAGGGAACGACUUCAAAGGAACAGAUGGCUCUGAGUAUAUUGCUCUUCGUGCUUCUGAUGUCAUGGCUGUUCUUUCAUAGUCAUAAAAAUCAAUGUUCAUGUGAUGCAAAUUCGAAAUAGGAAAACAUAGCAUUGAAGCAAUGUAGUAAUCAUUUCUUGAAAAAUCAACAAUUUUCUGGGCCUCCUUUCGUUAAAAAGAUUAUGUUCACAAUAUAAUUCGGUACUUUUUUUGCGAGUAAUAAGUAACUUCAUUUAAUUA